AUGUCAAAGAAUUAUAGCUCAAAAGAGGAAGCCAUCAAUCAAUUGUAUGCGACAAUUAAGACUAAAUUCGAGCAGGAUGGGGUACUGCAAGAAGUGCGUUGCAUGCUGCAGUCCAAGAUGGUUGCCAUGAUGAAGGGAAAAAAUGAUGAUCAGACCACGCUACUUGGUCGUCGGCAGCCCGAUCUUAGUAAAUUGAGCAGUGGUGGCAGUAAUCGCGCUGCGGGCGAUAUGGAAAAUGCUGGAAGUCAAGAACAAGAUCCACGCCUGCAUUGGAUGCAUCAGCUGAUGAUGGAAUACUUUCAUUGGCAUGGCUUUCAUUAUACUGCAGAGAUGUUUGCGCAGGAAAGUGGUACGGCGAAUGUGCGACCGGUGCGUCAGCAACUUGAACGCGCUGUCGGGCAUUUCGAGCAUAAAAGUGUUCCCGUAUUACUGGAGCUUGUAGCUGAUCUUAUAGAGAAAAAUCAAUAUUAA